AUGGGUCCAAAUCAACCUCUGGGCGAGAUUGCGCUGAAUAAUAACCGUGUCGCGCCUCCUCCGCCGUUUAAGACGGUCAAGUCUCGACUAGACGCUACUGCCACUGCUGCUGCCACUGCUACUGCUACUGAGACAACGACAGCGGGAGCGCGACAAGGUGGGGAUUUCGCGGUACCACUCCCACCCCCGGCCGACGACGCGCUCUCGCGAGUCUCGCACCCGAUUGCGUCGAUAUCGCCGACUGCUACUGCGCCUACCACCACUAUCGCUGUUGAUGUUGAUACAACAGCCAGAACAACAACCGCCCAUGCCGUCGUCGUCGCCGCUAUCGCCAAAAUGCAGCGCAAGCCCUCUAUCGACCGCGAUGAUGGCUCUACGCAGAGUCAUCCCUACUCGAACACUGGCUCCCAGGACACCACCAUGACCACCCUGACAGAUCCCGCAUCCGCAUCCGCAUUCACCCCCCAAGCAAGCGACGCAAGCAACUGUGCACCCGGCCCGUCCAGCCAGGAUAGUCAACUGUUGCAGCUCUCCCAGAUUGCCGCCGCUCAGGACAGAAUAGCUACCGAUAAUGCGAGUUCACGAAAACGAAUGGCCGACGGAGAGGUUAAAACCCGAACAGAUAGCCAAAGUCCCGUGAAGGGCCAUUCCAGAAACCCGAGCGCUGUUAGCAGGACGUCGACAUCAGGUGGCCAUAUUGGAGAGUUGUCAAAUGAGUUACGAACGCGUCUAUCUUAUGCCAUGAUCAAAGUCAACAAAGGAUGGCAGUCAAAUUCACUGGAGGAGGUCGAGAAUAUGGCAUCACAUGCGGCAUCCCCGGUCUCAAGCACGUCUACAGUACACCAACGACAGGGCUCUUCAGCAAGUCCUCGAAUGGCCAUGAGCAAACCACCAUCCUCAUCGGCUCCUUUACCACAAGCUUCUACUACCCAACCUCGAAAAUCAAAUACUCCGCCAAGCUCAUCAUGGAACAAGCCUUCAUUGGCCCCUCCCGCACCUAUCCGUCCUUCAGUUCUGCUACCUGGUUCCCACGCGCACCCGCGACGCAACUCCAACCCCCAUCGAACCCCGAACAUGCUAUCGCAAUCUCACUCCGCUUCACCUCAGACGCCUGGUCACUCAUCUUUGCACCACGGACCCAAAUCCCGCACCAUGGCCGACCCAAUUCUCAUGUCACCGCAUCAAAACGUUAGGGAACAGGAUGCUAUUGAGACUCUGCUCUUCAUGAGCAGUCCAGGAAACUCGGCCAACCUGAAGCAUGCUUUCCCCCCUACAGGAUCGCCGGGACCAAAUAUUGGCAUGAAUGGUUCUCAACCUCCGCGCCACGCGCUGCCGUCGGGGCCCAGAAAACCUCUUCCCUCAGCACAACGCCAAGCUCAUUCAGGACGAAGGCCUCCUUAUGACAAGUCUCCUAUGGCUCCUCCACCACCUGGCUCACCGAUGGACCUGGAUUCUCCGCAACAAAACUAUGGUGCACAACAUAAAGUGAUGCCCAGAAGGCGGACAAUUGGUGGCCGAAGUCAUUUAAGAGGGACAAUUUCGUUACCAAGCGGCAUUGGUGUUGGGAACGGCAAAACAAGAAAGACUUUGCGGGACGAGGACAUCGAAAGGAUGCUUGAUCAAGCGAGUGCAGAGACGGCCGAUAGUUCAGAUGACGAGGAGAUUCUGCUUCCGCCCAGAAGAACUGUUGCAGGAGUUAUGCGGUCAUAA